AUGCGGGUGCCCUGGGGAGCAGCCACUCGAGAGACUAUGCAAAUUCUAAAGGACUUGGUGCAGUGGUGUACUGAUCAGGGGUUCAUAAUUGACUCCCGCCUCAGCAUUAAGCAAGGCCAAAAUGGUUUCGGUGUUUUCACGAAUCCUGAUGGAGAAAUCCCAGAAGAUACAACUGACUCGAAAUGGUUCUACUAUCUUAAAAGCCUCCCCAAGACCGUAGAGCUUCCGAUCCUCUGGGAGUUUACCGCAUCUCGCCCGGAGCAAGAGAGAGAUAGCGCGAACGAUGUGGACCGCCUUUCGGCACUAGAGUGGUUGACUGGAACAGAGGUCCAAAGAAUUCUCCUGGACAAGGGUGAACCUAUACUCGAACAACUGAAAACCUAUUAUCGCGAAAUCGCAGAGCCUCUCCUGAAGCAAAAAUUGCCGAACCACAACUUCAACUUUGAGGGUUUUUUGCGAGCCUACUGCCUUGUAUCUUCCCGAGCCUUCAUUGUGGAUAGGUAUCAUGGUCUCUCCAUGGUCCCUGUCGCCGAUGCGUUCAACCACGUACAGGAAAACCAUGUCCACAUAGAGGCGGACUUUGAGGUUUGCCUCGAAUGCGGUUCCGUGGACCAGUGCCCGCAUGACGACGACGACGAUGACGACGACGAAGCUCCUGACCUUGUUGCGUUGGAUGAUGAAGGUCAAAAAAAGGACGACAAUGCCACCCCUCCCACCAGCUACUACGAGAUGGUUUCCGUCACCGACAUCCCUGCGGUGAGAGAAGUGUUCAACACGUAUGGUGAAACGCUCUCGGACGCCCAGUUACUAUCUCGAUAUGGCUUUGUCCUAGAGGCGAACGAGAACGACCGGAUAACUUGGAACUACAAGGAAAUCUCCGAAACUUUCGGCAUCGAUGUCGAAAAGCAGUUCGAAGAGUAUAUCGUUGACAUCAGCAUCAAGGAGCAGGCGCUCGAAAUCGUCGACUAUAUGCCUACUCUUCAAAACGAACUGGAAAGCUCUCCAGUUGUCUGUGGAACGACCCGUUCCGAGCAAUCCCACGGAACUUGCUUGUACAUCGACAGCGACGGAAAGAUCUCCGACAUGCUCUUCCUCGUUCUGCUCAUCACAGCCUCACACAAACUCAGAAAGCCCUACGAUUGGUGCGAAGACACCAGGAUUCAGUUGAAAGAAGCCGUAGGCUUCAUGAGCGUUUACCAUGGAUUGGCGUUUGAUGAUGAAGACGAGAGGAAUCGUGGAUUCACGCUCGAAUUCCUUGAACCUCUCGACAAACGACAUACGCGGGCUUGGAAGGAGCUUGUCGAGAUGCUUAUCCACCUUUGCACUCUGCGCAAACGAGGCCUAGGGAAACGUGGAUUUGAUGAAGGAAAAAUUGGAGAUUUGAUGGAGAGUAUCGCCCACAGCCAACCCCUCACGAAGAACGCGCUCUCCGUUGUCCUUAGCGAGAUGACGAUGUUAAAUGCCUGUCUCAGUCAAUGGGAAGGCAUCCGCCAGGCCAUGACACUCGUCUGA